GUCACGUGAUCAGGAGCAGACGUAUGCAGAAGUCCCUGUCUUCCAGGUACCAGCUACCAGCUCCUUAUCUCGGUGGAGGAAGGCAGUCUUGAAACUGACGACUGCCCUAUAGCCCGGCAGUCCAGAGCGCUACUCAUUUCAGUGAAGUGAGAGUACAUUUGGAAGGGAACAGAAGACACGGUGCAGAAGGAAUUUUUCUUUCCCAUAGCUCAGGACGAGAAAAAGGUCUUCAGGUCUGUGGCUGUGGGCACCAACCCAUCCAAGAAAAGAAUAGAGCUGCAGUAUCAGAACAGGACAGGCAACAAAGAAAACUUGCAACAUGGAAAAGUUCUACAAAGAAAAUGAAGGAAAGCCAGAAAGCAAGGGCAGGGCAGAAGACGAAGGAAGUACAGAAGAGGGAGGAAAUGCAGAUGAAGACAAGUCAGAUGCAGAGGGGACGCCAGCACGCCCGGGGAAGCUAGAGGAGGAGGGAGGGCCCGGUGAGCAGGGACAACAGAAAGGUGAGGGGAAGCCAGAAAAGCAGGGAAAGUCUGAAGGGGAGGGCAAGGCCGACUCCCAGGCAAAGGCAGGCAGCGAGGCCCGGGCAGCAGAAAAGCGCCCUGCUGAAGAUUAUGUGCCCCGGAAAGCAAAACGAAAAACAGACAGGGGGACAGACGAUUCUCCCAAGAACUCCCAGGAGGACUUACAGGACAGGCACGUAAGCAGUGAGGAGAUGAUGAGAGAGUGUGCAGAUGUGACAAGGGCUCAGGAGGAACUGAGGAAAAGGCAGAAAACGGGUGGCUUUCACUGGAUGCCAAGAGAUGCACAGGAUGCUUUAGUCCCCAGGGGCCAACAACGGGGAGUCAGGGGAGUGAGGGGGGGCGGAGGCAGGGGCCAGAAGGAUUUGGAAGAUGCUCCGUUUGUUUAAUGCCUUUGGCCUUUCCUUUUGAUUUCUUUGAUGGGAAAUAUUGCCAGCCCUGCUUUCCCUGGCAGGCUUUUGCCGGGCUCUGUGCUUUAACCUUGUGCUGAUAUUUUCCUUUAGGUGUCACUCUUGUUACCAGCAGACAUCACUAUGUCUUUUAGUAAAGGACUUUCACCCAUGUGCAUGGAAGAGAUGUUCAUGGUAUAGGUAUACUGUAUAAUAAUAAAGAUAACAGUUUGCAGA